AUUACGUUAAAUCAAAGUUUUUGUAUGAUUGUCGCCAAAGAAACCUAUGUACUUUUAAGGAUUCAAUUGCACGAAAGGAAAGUCCAGGACAUGAACGAACGGUUCGAAAUUCUAGUUCGAUGGCUUUACAUGCUCUGUCGCUCGCGCUAACUCCAGAGUCCACCGGCAAAGUGAGACCGGACCGAGUUUGAGCUUCCCUCCUCCGACCGCCCCCGCCAUUAUCGGCGCGUCCCACGAACGUUUUGACGUUCUGCAAGCCCGAACAUGGCUUCUUCACCGCUCGCUCACUACCCCCAUUUCUGUAACUCCGGAACACCCAGAGGCCACCACCCCAUCGUCAAGCCGAGAAUCUCCAAGCCCGCAACCCCGAACAGGAACAAACCCAGCAAGCUGAGAAGGCAGAGCAGAGCUGACCAUGUCGCGCUCAACAGAGCUCUCUCUGCGUUUGUGGAUUCUGGGAGUUUGGAAAAUGCGGUCCACCUGUUUGAGAAUAUGCCCCGCUCGGAUGCCUACACUUGGAAUGUGCUCAUUAGAGGCUUUGUCAAUAAUGGGUUGUUUCGAGAAGCGAUCGAGCUUUACCGGAGGAUGGCACGUGAAGGGAUUACGGCCGAUAACUACACCUUCCCUUUCGUAGUCAAGGCGUGUGGGGGGUUGUCGGCUUUGAUGGAGGGGGAGAAAGUUCACGCCAAGUUGUUCAAAGUUGGGCUGGAUUUGGAUUUGUAUGUUGGCAAUUCGCUCAUAUCCAUGUAUGCAGAGAAUUGGCGUGCCGACUUAGCUGAAAAGGUAUUUGGAGAAAUGCGUGCGAGGGACGUGGUUUCGUGGAACUCCAUGAUCAGCGGUUUCCUUUCGGUGGGCGAUCGUUGGAGCUCCUUGGCUCUUUUGCAAGAAAUGCAAGUAUUUGGCAUGAGACCUGAUAGAUACAGCUUGAUCAGUGCGCUUGGUGCCGCUUCUCUCGAGUGUUAUUUGCGAAGCGGGAGAGAGAUCCAUUGCUGGGCGAUUCGGAGUGGGCUUGAAUCGGAGUUAAUGGUUGAGACGUCUCUUGUCGAUAUGUACUGCAAAUGCAGUAAAGUAGACUAUGCUGAGAGAUUGUUCAACAGUGCUUCUAAGGAGAACAUUGUGACUUGGAAUGCAAUGAUAGAUGGAUAUGCUUCAAAUGCUCUUCCUUCAGAGUCAUUGGCUUGCAUGAAGAGUAUGCAGGACGAUUGUAAUUUGAAUCCGGAUAGUAUCACAAUGAUUAACCUGCUACCGGCAUGUGCACAAUUAGGAUCCCUCCGGAUAGGGAAAUCUGUCCAUGGACACUCCAUCAGAAAAUGUUUUUUUCCAAAUAUGAUCUUGGAAACUGCUCUUAUUAAUAUGUAUGGAGCCAGCGGAGGGGUGAAGGGGGCUAAGUAUUUGUUUGGUAAAAUGGCUGAAAAGAGUUUGAUCUCGUGGAAUGCGAUAAUUGCUGCCCAUGUGCAGAACGGGCAGAAUGAAGAAGCCUUAGGACUCUUUCAAAAGCUUCGGCGUGAGCCUUUGGAACCGGAUGCAAUUACAAUUGCAAGCAUUUUGCCUGCCUUUGCCGAAGUAGCAUUACUGAGAGAGGGAAGGCAGAUUCAUGGAUAUGUUUCAAAGUUGGGUCUUGGUUCAAAUACCUACAUCUCAAAUUCAAUCAUAUAUAUGUAUGCAAAAUGUGGAGAUCUGGGGACUGCUCAACAAAUUUUUGACAAAAUGCUGAUUAAGGAUGUUGUUUCAUGGAAUGUUAUUAUCAUGGUUCAUGCGAUACAUGGAUGUGGUGCUAAAUCCAUUGCACUGUUUAAAGAGAUGAAAACAUAUGGUGUUGAACCCAAUGCCAGCACAUUCUAUUCCCUGUUAAUGUCCUGCAGCAUUUCCGGCUUGGUUGAUGAGGGGUGGGGAUACUUCAAUCAAAUGAGACGGAGUUAUAAUAUUGAUCCUGGUAUAGAACACUACGGAUGUGUGCUAGAUCUGAUUGGUCGCACUGGCAACCUUGACCGUGCCAAAGAGUUUGUCGCACAAAUGCCUUUGGUCCCCAGUGCUAGAAUAUGGGGAUCGCUGCUGACUGCUAGUAGAAAGCACGGAAAUGUUGAAAUGGCUGAAUAUGCUGCCAAGCACAUCUUAUCAUUAGAACAUGAUAAUACAGGGUGUUGUGUUUUACUGUCAAAUAUGUAUGCAGAAGCCGGGCGAUGGGAAGAUUUCGAAGGCAUCAAAUCGCUAAUGAGAAAAGAGGGGCUCACAAAGACAGUUGGAUAUAGUAUGAUGGAGAGUAGGGGUAAAAUCUACAGCUUCACCAAUCAAGAUAAAUGCUGUCAACACGCAAGCAUGAUCUAUGAGGUAUUGGACAUUUUAAACAAGGGAAUUGGGGCAGAUAGUCAUCUCACAAGAGUCACUAGGUUCAGACCACUUCAUUUGGCAAAAGAAAGAGCAAAAUCUGCUGCCGCUCACAGUGUAAGGCUGGCUAUAUCUUUUGGCUUGGUUUCUACAACGAUAGGGAACCCAGUUCUUAUCAGACAGAAUACUAGAAUUUGCGAAGAUUGCCAUUCUGCUGCAAAGAAAAUAUCGGAUUUGAGUCGUAGAGAGAUAAUAGUUGGCGAUGCAAAGGUUGUUCACCACUUCAGAGAUGGAUGCUGCUCUUGCAAUGAUUACUGGUGACAAAGUAUUAUGAAACACAAGUAGGAGAAAUUGUAAAAACGAUUGCCUAAUAUAGUUGUCCGAGGGAAUAGAAAAGUGAUCAUUCCAAAGCAUAUGCACAUGUACAGGUAAACAAGCACAUACAAACUUAGUCCAAUCUUUAUGCUAUGUGUGUAUCAUAUGAUACAAAAACGAUGCUAUUCAUAUAACUGCUCAACGAAUUUAUUCAGCAGACAAGAUUCUGU